AGGGCGGUGCGCGCGUCCCCCGCGGUGGCAGCGGCGACUGCCGAGCGCCGGUGGCCUCCGUCCGCACCCCUUCCUUGCCGGCCGGCGCCCCGGCUGCAGAGUUUUGCAGAGCCUCGAGACUUGGUGAGCAGAAUUUGUCAGCUCAUCUGGUAUAAGAAGACCUGAUGGCUGGGAAUAAAGGAAGAGGGCGUGCUGCUUAUACCUUUAAUAUUGAGGCCGUUGGAUUCAGCAAAGGUGAAAAGUUACCUGAUGUAGUGUUGAAGCCACCCCCAAUAUUUCCUGAUACAGAUUAUAAGCCAGUGCCACUGAAGACAGGGGAAGAGGAAGAUUAUAUGCUGGCCUUGAAACAGGAGUUGAGAGAAACAAUGAAAAGAAUGCCUUAUUUUAUGGAAACACCCGAAGAAAAGCAAGAUAUUGAAAGAUAUAGUAAAAGAUAUAUGAAGGGAUACAAAGAAGACUGGAUACCAGAUUGGAGAAGACUUCCAAGAGAGAUGAUGCCAAGGAUUAAAUGCAAAAAAGCAGGCCCCAAACCCAAAAAGGCAAAAGAGACAGGCAAAGGCAGUUCACUCACUCAGACUGCAGAUGUGUUGAAAAAAAUUGAGGAAUUGGAAAAGAGGGGUGAUGGUGAAAAAUCAGAUGAGGAAAAUGAAGAGAAAGAAGGAAGCAAAGAGAAAAAUAAAGAAGGCGAUGAUGAUGACGGUGAUGAAGCUGCAGAACAGGAAGAAUAUGACGAAGAAGAGCAAGAAGAGGAAAACGACUACAUCAAUUCAUACUUUGAAGAUGGAGAUGAUUUUGGUGUAGACAGUGACGACAACAUGGAUGAAGCUACCUACUAGGCAUGAAAUGCCACACACAGAAUCUUUCGAUAAGCAGCUUCCGAGCAUUUGGACAGACUUGUUUCUGUUUUAUUUCUG